AUGAGCAGAGUGCGAUUUAGAAAACCGGCAAAAAACACGCGUAAAGGUCCAUCCACUCCACAAGUACUUGAUGAGAGACAAAUAUUAGCCCAGAAGUUCGAAAAACUAAAAGAAUGUGACAACUUGGACGCUACUUUAGGUUUCUCGAGGUAUGAACAAGGGCCAGCGAAGGAAGGAUGGCUGGUAAAUAUGCACCCUACACUUAUCGAGGAUCCAGACUAUAUUGGUGGAAAAGCAGGCGUUGAUUUCUAUUUCAUACAAGAUGAUGGUGGAAUGUUCAAAUCAACGCUGACAUACGAGCCUUACUUCUACUUAUGCUGUAAACCUGGCACUGAAGCUGCCGUUGAGGAAUGGUUGUUGCGGCGGUAUGAAGGAACAAUUUAUAGGAUAGAACGCGCACACAAAGACGAUCUGAAGUCACCAAAUCACUUACUGAGUCUGCCCAAGGCCUAUCUUCAGCUGAAAUUCAGGAAUGUUCAAGACUUACUCACGAUUCGAAGAGAAGUUCUGCCACUCGCUCAACAAAAUGCAGAGAGAAGGUCAGCUGUGGAUGCCUACGCUGACGUUGUAGCAACCGCUGAACAGGAUGUCACUAUAGAAGAAGAACAAAAUGCUAGGUCGAAGGAGGAUCCGUCACAAUUGAUCAUUGAUGCGCGUGAAUAUGACGUACCAUAUUAUCUACGCGUUGCAACCGAUUUAGGUAUACGCGUUGGUUUAUGGUACACAGUUACAGGUAAUGAAGGCAAAGUCAAAAUGGAUAAAAUACCAGAUCGUGUUAAGCGUGCUGAACCGGUCGUCAUGGCUUACGAUAUUGAGACAUGUAAAGCACCUUUAAAGUUUCCGGACAGCGCUGUCGAUCCAAUCAUGAUGAUUUCUUACAUGAUCGACGGUCAAGGUUACCUCAUAACAAACAGAGAAAUAGUCUCUGAAGACAUUGAGGACUUUGAUUACACACCUAAAGAAGAAUACGAGGGUCCGUUUACGAUUUUCAAUGAGCCUGAUGAGGCAGGCGUUCUCAAACGUUUCUUUGAACAUAUCAGAGAAGCUAAGCCAACAGUUAUGGCAACUUAUAACGGUGACUUUUUCGAUUUUCCCUAUGUCGAUGCUAGAGCUACUGCCAAUGGUCUUAGUUUGUACGCUGAAACUGGCUUUCAGAGAGACAAUGAAGAUGAAUACAAAAGUGCGACAUGCUCCCACAUGGAUUGCUUCAGAUGGGUCAAACGUGAUUCAUAUCUUCCACAAGGUAGUCACGGUCUUAAAGCUGUUACUGUUGCUAAGCUCGGUUACAAUCCAAUUGAGCUCGAUCCUGAACUUAUGACACCGUAUGCCAUCGAACAGCCACAAGUCCUCGCUCAAUACUCUGUGUCUGAUGCGGUAGCUACUUAUUACCUCUACAUGAAAUAUAUCCAUCCCUUCGUUUUCUCCCUCUGUAAUAUUAUCCCACUAAAUCCAGAUGACGUCUUGCGCAAGGGUUCCGGUACACUCUGUGAAACUCUUCUUAUGGUUGAAGCAUACAGCGCAGGCGUUAUUAUGCCAAACAGACACGUUGAUCCACAUGGUAGUAUGUAUGAAGGUCACCUUCUCUCUUCUGAGACAUAUGUCGGCGGUCACGUCGAAGCCCUAGAAGCAGGUGUGUUUAGGAAUGAUAUACCUACUGACUUCAAGAUUGUACCGAAAGCUAUUCAACAGCUAAUCGACGAUCUUGACAAUGCUUUAAAGUUCUCAAUUGUCGUUGAAGAAAAGAAGAAACUUGAGGAUAUUGAGAAUUAUGACGAGGUGAAAAAUGAGAUUAAAGGUGUCUUAGAGAAUCUACGCGACAAUCCUAACAGACAGGAUCCGCCAUUGAUAUACCAUCUUGACGUUGCUGCUAUGUAUCCGAAUAUUAUGUUGUCAAAUCGGUUGCAACCAGAUGCAGUUGUUGACGAGGGUAUGUGUGCAGCUUGUGACUACAACACACCAGGGAAACAGUGCGACAGAAGACUAACAUGGGCAUGGCGUGGUGAAUUCUUCCCCGCUAAGAGAGACGAAUACAAUAUGAUUAGACAUGCAUUAGAAUCUGAAUCGUUUCCAGGCAAGUAUCCAGGAGCAUCUAAGCGAAGAUUUAUUGAGCUUUCAACAACUGAGCAAUCUGCACUCAUGCAUAAGCGUCUUGGUGACUAUUCUAGAAAGGUAUACCGCAAAACACAUGAUACCAAAAUUAUCAACCGUGAAGCUAUCAUUUGUCAAAGAGAGAAUCCAUUCUAUAUUGACACUGUAAGAGCUUUCCGUGAUAGAAGAUACGAAUAUAAGGGUUUCCACAAGCAAUGGAAAGGCAAGCUUGAUUCAGCGAAUGAAAGUGGUAGUCUCUCAGCAUCUGUUGAAGCAAAGAAAAUGAUUAUCCUUUACGACUCACUACAACUUGCUCACAAGUGUAUCCUCAACUCCUUCUAUGGUUAUGUCAUGCGUAAAGGAGCAAGAUGGUAUUCUAUGGAAAUGGCUGGUAUUACUUGCCUUACUGGUGCAACUAUCAUUCAAAUGGCUCGUCAGCUUGUCGAACAGAUAGGAAGACCAUUGGAAUUGGAUACUGAUGGUAUUUGGUGUAUGUUACCUGGUUGUUUUCCAGAAAAUUUCAAAUUCAAGCUCAAAAAUGGUAAGACGAUGGGCUUCUCAUAUCCAUGUGUCAUGUUGAACCAUCUGGUUCACGAUAAGUUCACUAAUGACCAGUAUCACACCUUGACAAACAAGGAGAAAGGAGAGUAUGAAGUACAUUCUGAGAAUAGUAUUUUCUUCGAGUUAGACGGACCAUAUAGAGCGAUGAUUUUGCCAGCAUCGAAAGAAGAAGAUAAACUGUUGAAAAAGCGUUAUGCUGUAUUCGAAGAGGAUGGAUCUCUCGCUGAAUUGAAAGGAUUCGAAGUUAAACGUAGAGGAGAGUUGCAACUGAUUAAAUUUUUCCAAAGUGAAAUAUUCAGCAAAUUCUUGCUAGGUAAAACAACCAAAGAGUGCUAUGACGCCGUCGCUAAGGUUGCUGAUCAAUGGUUGGAUAUUCUAUUCGGUAAAGGAGUCACACUUUCAGAUGAAGAACUGGUAGAAUUGAUUUCCGAGAAUAGAUCCAUGAGUAAAACUUUGGCUGAAUAUGAAGGUCAAAAGUCUACAUCGAUUUCAACGGCUAGAAGACUUGCAGAAUUCUUGGGUGAGCAGAUGGUCAAAGACAAAGGUUUGAGUUGUCGUUACAUUAUAUCAGCUAAACCAAUUGGCGCACCGGUUACAGAGAGAGCUGUACCGGUCACAAUCUUUACCGCUGAACAAUCAAUUAAAUCUCACUACCUUCGCAAAUGGUUGAAAGACAAUAGCUUGACAGAUUUUGAUAUCAGAAGCAUUCUCGAUUGGGACUACUACAUUGAAAGAUUCGGUUCAGUUGUCCAAAAGAUCAUCACGAUUCCUGCAGCUUUACAGAAGAUACCAAACCCAGUUCCACGUAUCCAACACCCUGACUGGCUUUACAAGAGGAUAGCAAACUCAGAUGAUAAGUUUAGACAACAUAAAUUGACUGAUAUGUUUGAAAAACAAAGAGAGAUAAAUCAGGAUAUGGAAGAUCUGGGUGUCGGUUCAUCAGUCCCUGGUAAACCAAAACAGGCCGUUGUACGUAAGAAAAACCGUCAACAAACUGAGGAAGAAGAGCUAGCGAAGAUCUUGGAAAUCUCAGUACCAGAUCCUGAUGAAGAUUAUAGCGCAUUUAUCAAGGUCAUGAGAAAGCGUUGGAAAGCACAGAGAGCCUUCAAGAGAAAGCAUGGAUCCAAGGCAUCUAGAAAUGAAGCUGGUGUUUCUCGACAGACCGCUUUGGGUAUGUUCCAAGAUCAUUCGCUUGGCUUCAGUGGUUCCUCGUGGGAUAUUGUCCAAGUAUAUCCAUCUGUCAGACCAGGUGAAUUUAGACUCUGGUUGAGCUUAGGCGGUAAUUUCCAACAGGUUAGAUUGAGAAUACCUAGGGAAUUCUAUUUGAAUUUGAAGAGCGUGCCAGAUGAAGGUGUAUUUGCGGAAGAAUACCUAGUUGAAAAGGUUAUAAGAACAUUACCACGUGAUCAACCAUGUCUUAAUCUGUUCAAACUAACAGUCCCUGAGCGACUUUAUAUUGAUAAUGAGUCGCAUUUCAAGAACUUAACUAGUAACAUAAACGUUGACAGUGUUUAUGAGAUGCAGGUUCCCUUAAUCGACCGUGCUCUUAUGAAGCUUGGUUCGAAGUGCGCUCUCUCUAAAUCAUCAGGUGGUGGAUUGAGCAAAGGUCUUGACCGUGGUUUCGAUUUAAUGGACUUAUCGAGUGCCUCUCAGCCAACGGCUGGACGCAACUACCUCCAAAACUUUAACCAAUCCCGUUAUAUCUAUAUCUUCCACGCGAAUGUUGACAAACGUCAUAUUUUUGGUGUUUUCACUUCAGAACAAGGCUGUAAGAUAUUUAUAGUCGAUUCAACAAAUAGAACACGUCCACAAUUGCCAAAUCUCGAGAAAGUUUAUGGUCAGACUUAUGACAACUAUAUCAACAGAAAGUCUGAUGACUUUGAGGAAGCAUUUGAGUAUUCAUCAGAAAUGGAAUUUGACAUUACUUUCCAUGGUAGUGAACAGUCAGCUGUAAAGAACAUGUUCAGACAUCUUAAUGGUCUCGGUGGUCAGAGACAUGGACCCACCAUCGCUAUUCUGAAUUCACCACAAUCACAAUCCUACUUCUCACAGUUCGGUGAUGGAUUGAACAAUUACCCAGUCAUUGCAGUUCCAACAUCACGUAAAGAUCUUAGCGUUGAUGAGAGUUUGAUGUGGUUGCCGAAGAUUUCCAAGAGAAUGAUCGGUAUGUACUUCCGUAUGUCUACUUGGAUAAAUGAAAGGGUUGGGUUAGCUAAGCAUUACGAUGUCCCCGUCGGAAACAUCGAAAGGGAUGCGCCAAUCCAACUCGCAGACAUUUCUUUCGCAAGGAGAUUGAUAAAGAGUGAUAUCUUAUUAUGGUGGUCGCAUUCAUCAAAACCUGAUUUGGGUGGUCGUGAACAGGACGUUCCACCUCAGCAAUUUGCAGAUGAAGGUGGUGGACCUAUUGAGUUUUCAAAUCCUGGUACUUUCUCUAAUGUAGUGUUGGAAGUGGAACUCAGAGACAUAGCCGUCAACUCAAUCUUACAAUCUUCACUAGUGAAUGAGAUGGAAGGUGCAGGAUCUGCAGCAACUGUAUUCGACAGUACUUCUCACACUAUAGACGAGUAUACCAAAGGACAAGCCAAGGCACUAGUUACAUUAGGUGAAGCUGUUGUCUCGUCACAAGUAUUCUCAAUCCUCAAAUCAAUGGUUAAGAGUUGGUACUUGGAUAAAGCUAGAUCAGCCGAUGGUCAAAAUGCAUUUGGUCAUCUACUUGUCGACCAUUUACUCAGAUGGAUUUCAUCACCAGUUUCACGCCUAUUUGAUCCUGGUAUUCAUCGCUUUUUGAGGGGAUUAAUGAAGAAAGUAUUCUUGCAACUUUUAGCAGAAAUUAAGAGACUCGGUUCAGGUAUAGUUUACGCUGAUUUUGGUAGAAUCUUUAUCCUGACUUCAAAGCCAACGGCUGGUUCUGCGGCUGCAUACGCUCAGUAUGUUCUCUCAGCUACAACUUCAGCUGAGUUGUUCAAGCAUAUCUCUCUAAAUACCGUCAACUUUUGGGAUUACCUCGUUUUUAUGGAUCUUUCCAACUUCGGUGGUGUCAUUAAUCAUAACCCAAGUUCAGCAGAGGCACCAGAGGAAUUCCAUGUUGAUAUGAAAUGGAACAUACCACAAUAUCUCCCAACAGCGUUGCAGACCUACUUUGAUGUCGUCAUUGCUGAGUAUAUCUAUGCUAUGUACUCUGAGAAACGUAAAUUGGGUCUACAAUAUAGAACUCCAUUGAGAGCCAUAGCUAAAGAAGGUGGAGAACUCGCAGUCGACGAAUACAAAAAGCAAGAAAUUGAAUUUGAGAGGAGUUUGAUUACGCGCAUUAUGACGAGAAGGUUAUUAAAGAUAGUUACUGAUAUGUCUAAGAAACAGACAGAAGCUGCUACUGAGCUUGCUAGUGGUGUUGAAGAUAAUGAGGAAGCAAAUAUGUUUAUCUUCCCACUCUUGCCUGGUUCACAAACCAACAUGAAAAAUCCAACUCUAGAAUUUGUGAAGAGUACUUGUGCAGUUCUGGCAUUGUCGAAGGAUGUUGCAAUUGAGGUCACCAUCUUAAAGCGCAAUUUAUUGGAUGUACUGAAAGUGAGAGAAUUCUCUGAAGAUGCCCAAUUCAAACCACCCUGUGAAAGUUUCAAGGUUACUGGUGUGGUUUGUAAAGCCUGUACAUUCGUGCAAGAUCUUGAUCUUGUCAGGGAUGUUGAAUUACUUGAUGACGAUUGGCCUUGCGCAUCUUGUGGACGCUCACAAGACAAAAUGGAAGUUGAGCUGACGUUAUUGGGUAUGGUAGAUAAACUUGUUGCAUCAUUUGCGGUGCAAGAUCUCAAAUGCGCAAAAUGUGGAUCAAUCAAAUCUAGCGAUCUUGCUCCACAUUGCCACUGUUCUGGUGCUUGGAAACUCACAACUUCUAGAGAGAUGUUUAAGAGACGAAUGGAAGUAAUAAACUCCAUAGCACGCUAUCAUGAACUCAAGAUGCUUGAGGAGCAUACAGAAAGUAUAAUGACCUGAAAUGUUGUAGAAGUACAAAUAAUUUAUAUUUCCAGUUUUAUUAGCAUGAUCGAAUGUCUUGAACCAAAUUUUUGAUUAGUUCGUGGUAAUCACUGUUGGACGAUGCGUUAAACAUACCAAUAUGUGCACCCACUUCAUCGCUAGCGAGGGUAUUUGAAGCUUUAAUAAACAUUUUGUUGUUGGAAGGUAUCAAACAGAAUGUACGAUCAUUCAAAUGGGGCAAAUGAGUGUAAUAGUUCUUAAAUAGAACAUCGUUUGUCGAUAUACUCUCUAGCCGUUCCUUGAGCAUCCGUGAAUUCCAUAGAUUAGAGAGAAAUAGCAAAUGAUCGACAGUCUGCCCAGUUGUCCACCGAUACGCCUCAAGGAGUUUGUCCCUACCAAAGUAGACGCCAGCACCAAGUGCAGAUACGGUUGCAAUAGCUGCACCUGCUGGCUUAAUGUAGCUUGUGCUGGCCUGUUGCUGUUGCUUGGUUUUCUUCUCUUCCUCCUCUUUAGCUAUUCUCUCACUUUCAUUCAACCUGGUGGUACCCCAGAGGGCGCCCACAAAUGGAGCUAGAACUGUCGCUCCACCUGCGAUUUCCUUGAUUUUGUUAAACUUAUCAUAGUAAUCACCAAAUUUGGCUGUCGUAUGAGCGAACACAUUGGGAUGUAAACCGACCAUCGGGCUAUCCAAAUUGAGAACAGCUUUUAUGUUCAAAUGACCACCCUCGUAUGUGUCUUUCAAAUAUAAAUCAGCGGCGAGUAAACCGCCCAUUGAGUGUGCAACUAAUACGUAACUUGUGUAUCCGAAUUCCUGAUACUUUUCUUUCAUCCAGAUUUGUAGAUCGUCGACCGCCACUUCCUAAACAAUUGUUAGGAUUGUUAGGAGUUUGAAGGCAGAAAGUUAUAUAACUCACUAAUUUACCUGAAGUCUUCCAUGGUGGGUAUAUUAGAGUGCUAUAUUUCGAUUCUUCAUUUAAUGCAGCUUAUUCGUCAGCCCAGUCUGUUAGUCUGUUCUGUUAUAGACCUACAUUCUAAAUCACUAGGAAGAUCGCCGAAAGUGUCUGCACCACCUUUAAAGCUGUACUCUGAGUGAACAAGAGUGUGCAAUACCUUUACACUUACCCGUGAACAAAUACUAUAGCUAUCUUAUCGGACAUGAUGACGACAGAAGCGAAG